AUGGAUGGUCAGAGCCAAGCAAACCCUUCUGACUGUUUCAGCAAGUCCAGAGACCAGAUGAAUUGCACCAGCGUAGACCGAUCCCUUGAAUGUAAAGUUCUCCUGCGUUCGGCUGACGGGGGCUCAGAAAGGUUGGGAGGGAAGAAAGAGAAAGUUCAAGAGGGCAAGAGGUGCAGUGGGGGGGAAGAAAAGACAGAGUGGUUUAAGAAGAACAGGAAAGUGGGGAGUGGAGGCACAGACCAGGAUAAUAUCCUUGAUCUUUGUUGCCAUGGCUACGGUUGCCGUGACAGUAGACCAGGCUUGGAUGAGUUGAAGGAGUUUUUGCGAGGAACGCCAGGAGAGAAGCUGCUCAAUCUCUGGAUAGAUAUAGAGAGACUGAAAGCAUCACAGAACAAAGAGAGGAAGAACAGGUAUUUGGUCCUGAUGAGGAGCCGGUACCUGCUGAGCAGCAGCCAGAGCAGUCUGAAUGUGGAGCUGCUCUCCAGACUGGGGCUGACUACCUCCCCCCGCUGGACAGAAGAGAAACUGCGCUCAGUUCAGCCCUCCCUCACCGAGUCUCUGCUCUACUACUGGGUUCCUCGGUUCUGGACCUCCCAGUGUGUUCAUGAAGACCGUGAUGACUCCCCUCAUUCAGAGCUGUGGACAGAGUGGUGUGUUAGGCCUCAGUCGGACAUACAGCCCCACCAUGGCUCUAAGGCUCUCAGCUCUGACACCUGCCUGCCCCAGUACCCAAAUGCAGUCCACACACAGUUAUAUUCUAGCAGAAGUCAGUUACUGGAGAGCAGAAGAAUGGAGAAGAUGUUGCAGGCUCUACGUGUUGACUUGUGUGCCGGAUUAUACUUUACAAACUUCUGUGAACGAUCUGGAAACCAGCUGUGGGAGAAUGCGGUUUACUUUUGGACUGACCUGCAGCACUACCAUGAGCUGUUCUAUCAGGACGGACUGGACCCCUACCGAGUCCAGAGAGAGGCCCAGCUCCUCUACUCCACCUAUCUCUCCGGCUCUGCCAGGAGGAGCAUUGGUGUCGGUGAGGAGAUCAAGGAGGUGUACGACCAACUGAUGCCCGCUUUUGAAGAGCUGUUUGACAAGGUUGAGGAGCACACGCUGAGCAUCCUGCUGGAGCCGUGGACACUGCUGGUCAGCAGGGACAAAGAGUCCUUCCAGAAGGUGUGUGUACAGGAGGAGGUGCGUUGCAUCGACAGUCAGGAGUACAGGGAACUCCUGAGUCUGUACGAGGAAUCAGAGUGCCGACUGAAACAGGUGGAGCAGUGCGGGUCCACGCUAUUUCCCUCUCCCAUUUCACCUUCGACCCCCUUCUCAAAGGACCCCCGGGCCCCUGACUCUUGGUCCAGUGUGUCUCCAAAUUACCAAGGCUACCGUCUGGGUUCUUUACUCCGCCACCACGAGAUCGGGCACUUUAUGUCCUUCCUACAGAAUCAGGAUGCCAGUAUCCAUCUGACAUGCUGGCUGGAUCUGGAGCAGUACAGGAGGACUCCUCACAAAGACAAGGCUGUCAGACGGGAGAGAUCGUCUCAUAUCGCGACCAAAUAUCUCAACAGGAAGUACUUCUUUGGCUCCGACAGCCCGGCCACAACAGAGCAACAGAAUGAUAUAUUGCGUCUGGCAGGUGGACUGGAGCGUCUGAAACUUGAAUGUCUUUCCAACCCGGUCGUUGGGGAGAUCCAGGACAUCAUCAGGAGUCACAUUGAGAAAAAAUGGCUGCCUCUGUUCCUGUCCACAGCAGAGUUCACAGAGCGACUGAAACACAAACCAAAGCCCCAAGGAGCAGACAGGCUCUCACAACACGUCUACCGUCGACGCAGAGCGAGGAGAGAAGCCUGGAAGGCCGAGGGCUUGUGGAUGAGUUCCUCCAAAGAGAUCCUGCUGUUUCGACGGAUCCUGCUCAACCCUGCCACCUGUAUACAGUUCCAGCACUUUGUCUCUCUGAAGGGGGACUUCCUAGAAAACAAUGUGCUCUUCUGGCUGGAGGUGCAGAGAUACAAGGACCUCUGUCACUCCCACAGUGAUGAGGCCACCAUCCAGCAGAAGAUCUCCACCAUCAUUAACUGUUUCAUCAACUCCUCCAUGCCCCCAGCUCUGCAGAUAGACAUCCCCCCUGAACAGGCUCAGCACGUUCUGGAGAAACGCCACGAGCUGGGUCCUUACAUCUUCAGAGAGGCACAGAUGUCAGUGUUCAGUGCAUUGCUGAAGUACUGGCCCGAGUUUCAAGAGCUGAGCAGCAGUGUCCAAGAGGAGCAACUUCUUCCUCUACUGCAGGAGAAACGUGUCAAACACAGAGCCACAGUACGGAGACAGAGAAGAAAAGAGGAGGAGGAAGAAGAGAGCGAGGAGGAGAAGAGGAGAGCUCAGGAAGAGCUGGAGAGGCCAGAGUCCAGUCUUGGAGAGGAGGAGGAGACGGAUGACGAAGAUGAUGUAGAAGAAGAACAAGAGGGAAGAAGUGUAAAAAAACAGUCGAAGGCACAGAGCAGAGUGCUGCUGGUUCCCACACAACCGUUGUCGUGGUCCUACUCCAAGUACAUGGCAGCUCUGAAGAGAGAAGAGGUGCUGCUGAGGAGACAGAGUCAGCUGGAAUCCUCGUUCUCCACGGCCUCAGACUGAGUGCAGAGUUCCGUUUCUGAACCACAUGGAUGAACGGCUUUUCUCACCUGUCAACUUCCUAUUCUUCUAUUGUAUGAAUGAACUUGCAAUGUACUCAUACGUGUCAUG